UGCAUUUGCUGUUGUUGGUGUGCUGUUCAUCAUGUUUGCAUUCUAUAUGGGGAAUUCGUGUAAAUGGGCAAAUGAGCUACCCAACAACAAUCUUCCAACAUCAAAACAAAGGGACCCUUCAGGAUCUCUAAAUUAUAAGUCAUCUUUGCCCACACAACAUCGCUUACCUGGUCCAUGCACCUGUCCUGAUGGCUUUACAGUUCUCAAAGACCAAAUCCCAAAAGACCAGUAUGAGGAAUUAAUGCAGCGACGAGCUAAAGAGUUCCAGCAAUACAAAGCCAGGACUAAUUCAAUACUAUCCAGGCUACUUUUUGCUUUGCCUAACUCUCCUCUGCAGUAUCCUAUCCAGGGCGUUAUAGUACGACCCUUGACUGCAACUGCGAUACCAGGUUUAGCUCUGCAUGCUGAAGAAGGAACGAGCUAUAAGGUUUUCUUAACUGUGUCAAAUGGUGUCCUAACCACAGAAACUCCAACUGCAGAGGCCACUGUUCAAGGUUCUGGAGAGACGAAACUGAUUAUUGAGUCUAGCAGCCUGUUGGUCCUCAAUGACCUGCUGGCCAAAGUGUCCUAUACCAGCACCAUCUACCACAUAAACACUGGAGACCUUGUCACCUUCCAGUUUGAAAACUAUGAAGCCGUGUUUCCCAUUACCAUCCAGCAGCCUCAUGUACCAGUCCUGUAUGACAUGGGAACAG